AUGUUUCGUGCUCAGGCAAACACGUUCGACGAGGUCGUCACCAAGGCGACCGACGAGAACUUGACAUCCGAGAACUGGGCCCUCAUCCUUGAUGUAUGCGAUCGCGUAUCUACCUCGCCUACUGGGCCUCAAUCAGUCACAGCUGCCUUGAUCAAGCGUCUCGCCCACCGCAACGCCAACGUCCAGCUGUACACCCUCGAGCUCGCCAACGCCUUGUCGCAAAAUUGCGGUGCUCCUAUACACCGAGAAUUGUCCUCUCGUUCCUUCACCGACGCUCUGCUUCGUCUAGCUGCCGACCGCAACACACACCAGCAAGUCAAGAGCAAGAUACUCGAGCGCAUGCAAGAAUGGAAAGACAUGUUCAAAGGAAACCCCGACUUGGGAAUCAUGGAGCAGGCCUACGACAAACUACGCUCUUCAAACCCUGGCCUAGCCCCACCUAGUAAGCCUGUCAAGCGCCAAAUCGAGGACACCGACCGUCGCAAGGAGGAGGAAGAGCUGCAGAUGGCCCUCGCCUUGAGUCUGAAGGAUAAAGCACCUGAACCAGAGGCUUCUUCGGCAAACUCAUCUCAAACUCAGCCUGACGCCCAACAAGGUACAACAGCUGCCACCGUCAGCAGAGUCAAGGCUCUCUAUGACUUUGUGCCAUCCGAGCCUGGUGAACUGGCUUUCAAGAAGGGUGAUGUCAUCGCUGUCAUUGAGUCUGUAUACAAAGACUGGUGGAAAGGAUCUCUGCGUGGUCAGACCGGUAUCUUCCCCUUGAACUACGUCGAGAAGUUGCAAGACCCAACCAGGGAGGAGCUCGAAAGAGAUGCCCAAACCGAGGCGGACGUCUUUUCGCAGAUCAGGAAUGUCGAGAAAUUGUUAGCUCUACUGAGUGUCAGGGGUGAGAACUCACGCGACACGGGCAGCGAAGAGGAGAUCACCGAGCUGUAUAACCAGACCUUGUCGAUCAGGCCUAAACUGAUUGAACUGAUCGGAAAAUAUUCGCAGAAGAAAGAUGAGUUCACACAAUUGAACGAAAAGUUCAUCAAGGCUCGCCGCGACUAUGAGGCUCUCUUGGAGAGCUCCAUGUCGCAACCACAAUACGCUGCCCCAACCAGGCAACACUCUGGCGGUUAUUACAAUCCAUACCCUGCCAUGCAGUCUGGAUACCCUCCACAAGGUCCUCCUCCUGAUCAGCGUUUCUACAACCAACCUCCACCAUCCGAGCCUCCUCAGCAGCAGAAUGCGUAUGGUUAUCCUCCACCUAUGAGUAAUCCCUCGGCAACUCCAGCACCAGCUCCCUUCCAUUUCCUUCCUAAUGGUGCGCCACCAUCAGAAGCUCGUCAAAGCCCUAAGCCCAUGGGACCUGGUCCAAGUGCUCCUCCUGGAGACGGCGGCUACAAUCCUGGCAUGCAGCCAUACAACAACCGUCCUCAGAGCAUCCACACCCUUAAUUCGGGAAACCCGCAAGAGCUGAGCACGGGUGUGUAUGAAAGUCCCACCGACGGCCGCAACAAUGUCUACGGCGCUGGCGCCUCUGCACCAGCACCUCUAAACUACACUUCAACCCCACAACCUCAACAGCCAUCAAACGCACCCCCUGGCCCACCACAGCAACAGCAAAUGCCAAUCAGACAACGCACAUCGAGCUUCGAAAGCCCGACGUCUGUGUAUUCAGCCCAGCCGCCCCAAGACACAGCUACGACCUCGUACCCUUCACAGUACCCACCUCAGCAACAUCCCAAUCAAUCUUAUACUAGUUUGAGUGGUGCGCAGCCUUCUGCCCCUCCUGCUUCGGGGCAGGCUUACCAGGCGUACAACCCACAUCAGCAGGGACAGCAGCCGCCACAACAGCAGCAGUAUGCGCCCGCAGCUGGUGGCGAUGAUGCUAGUGACUAUUACCGUUAG